CACCGCUACUUCCGCCAUACGCCGGGACGCGUUUUCCGGCUUGGGGUCCACCUCCACUGGUGAAAUGGUCAGAUCAACAACGGAGAGUUUCCGGAAGUGACCCGGUUGUCAGGUUCCUUUGCUGUAGGGAGAAAUGGCGGUGGUCACCUUGAUCCCGACGCUGGCGCGGGUACUGUCAAAGCACAUCCUGCUGCCUCCUUUGCUUAGUGUGACAUCAUCCAGACGCUUCUACAGAGGUGACAGCCCAACAGAUUCUCAAAAAGACAUGAUUGAAAUCCCUUUGCCUCCAUGGCAGGAGAGAACUGAUGAGUCCAUAGAAACCAAAAGAGCUCGCCUACUCUAUGAGAGCAGAAAGAGAGGGAUGCUGGAGAACUGCAUCCUCCUUAGCCUCUUUGCUAAAGAGUAUCUGCACAACAUGACAGAGAAGCAGCUGAACCUCUACGACCGCCUGAUUAAUGAGCCUAGCAAUGAUUGGGAUAUCUACUACUGGGCCACAGAAGCAAAACCAGCCCCAGAAAUAUUUGAAAAUGAAGUCAUGGAACUGCUGAGAGAGUUCGCCAAAAACAAAAACAAGGAGCAGCGACUGCGUGCCCCAGAUCUGGAAUACCUCUUUGAAAAACCUCGUUAAGCUGUGUGCCAUGCCUGCCAUAGUGGUCAGUACAUGGACAGAACUGCUUCUAGUACUGACCUUGGCUUCCUGCUCCUUAGGCUCUUGAAUCUCACCCAGGACAGACAUGAAAUGUGCAAGAUGACUCAUUCUAACCUGUGCUUGUCUGUACAGCACACGUCAGACCCCUUACAGGGCUGCUAUGUGCUGUGGUGCAGGUCUGCCACAAGAGGGCACUGUAGGGGAAGCGAUUCAGCUGCCUCAGCCCCAACAGGACAAAAGACAUAGCUGCUAUAUGAAACGCCACCCACCUCACCAUCCUCUACCCACUGGUUCCGGGCUUUGCUAAGAUAAAACUGCCCCCUUCCAACCUGAUAUAGCUCUUUCUGCCA